UGGCCUUUUCCUGUUCACGCUUACUCCAGCGAAGACGUGAACGUAAGUAGUGUGGUAAGAAAUUCGGAUGUUCCACGAAUUUUCCUACCGGUCGUUAUAUGAGUCGAGAGUGUUGCUACCGUCCGUAUAACCACAUGGCCACAUGUUUUCACGAUUUCCAUACAUUUCGUAUCAACAAGACUUAAGAAAUGUGUUUCUCGGAUAAAAUUUCAGUCUCUGAGCAAAUAGUAUUUCAUAUGUGUGCUACAUUUGCGAAAGUUCUACGAAGUAUCGCCAUCCAAUACAAAUAAAUCAUGGCAGACAUGGAAGCGUUUGACGAUGCAGUGGUGCCCACUGCAACAACAUUACAAGUGACACUUUCUGCCGAAUUACCAGAGAUUAAGUUAUUCGGCAGGUGGAAUUGCGAUGAUGUACAGGUGAAUGAUAUGUCACUGCAAGAUUAUAUUGCCGUUAAAGAGAAGAAUGCAAAGUAUCUUCCACAUUCAGCUGGGCGAUAUGCAGCGAAACGAUUUCGAAAAGCUCAAUGCCCUAUAGUGGAACGUCUAACAAAUUCACUUAUGAUGCAUGGUAGGAAUAACGGCAAAAAGUUAAUGGCAGUGAGGAUUGUAAAACACGCCUUUGAAAUCAUCCACCUCCUCACAGGCGACAAUCCUUUGCAGGUUCUCGUGACAGCCAUCAUUAAUUCUGGACCAAGGGAAGAUUCUACACGUAUCGGACGUGCCGGUACAGUUAGGAGACAAGCAGUGGACGUGUCUCCAUUGCGACGCGUUAAUCAAGCGAUUUGGUUAUUAUGUACUGGAGCUAGGGAAGCUGCUUUCCGUAAUAUUAAAACAAUCGCAGAAUGCCUAGCCGAUGAACUCAUCAACGCUGCCAAAGGCUCGUCAAAUUCCUAUGCGAUCAAAAAGAAGGACGAACUCGAACGUGUCGCAAAAUCGAACCGAUAAACACUUUUUUUCGUAAAAACAUACAAAUAAAUGUUCCAUCUUUAAA